AUGUCUCGUGCAGCAAGCGUGUCUCGUGACUCACUCAACAUUGAUGUCUACCAUCAAGGUGUUUUUUCUCCUAAUCCCUUGGUUUACUUUCAUCCUGAUAAAGUACCUGUUAUGGGGCUAGAUGUACGUAACAUGGAUUUCAAGAAGUUCAAGACCUAUCUCCAAAAAUUGAUCAACAAUAGAUGUCGGGAUAUGUAUUACUGUCUUAAAAAUCGGUCCCUCGUAGAUGGGUUAAGGGAGCUCAGGGAUGAAGAUGAUUAUGUUAGAGAAAAAGCUGAAGAAUGGGAUAGUGGUACUGAAACAUAUGAAGAUGAUGUGGACUCGGUAUUAUCGGAUGAUCUAUCGGUGGACCAUGAAGCUGAUGAUGAGGACAUUCAAUGGCCUGAAGUUGUUGAUCCUUUUUUGUCACAGAAGAACCUUAUUCCACAAAGAGGCAUAGAGGAAGAAGCUGGUGGUAAGGUAAAAAAACAUCCUAUUCACGAUCCAAACCAAAAAUGGGACACUAUGAUGCCUGAGUUAGGGUAUUUGCAAGGUGAGUUGUUAAUAGCCGUUGGUAGGGACGCAAACAACCAAAUGUAUCCUCUAGCAUGGGCUGUUGUGCCAGUUGAAAACAAGGAAACUUGGAUGUGGUUCAUUGAUCUUCUACUUGAGGACAUUGAGAUGGGAGAUGGUAGGGGUCUUACAAUUAUUUCAGACCAACACAAGGGUUUAAUGGAGGCUGUUAAGGAAAAGGCACCAUCAUGUGAGCAUAGGAAUUGUGCCCGACACAUCUAUGCCAACUUUAAGAAGAAGGGGUUCACGGGUGUUGAGUUUAGGAGGUUAUUUUGGAGUGCUGCAAAGGCUACAACCGAUUCCAAUUUCCGAUCAUACAUGAGGGAAAUUCGUACAAUGUCCACAGAAGCUUAUGAGCACCUGAUAGAAAGAGACCCAAAUACAUGGUGCAGAGCAUUCUUUGAACCUCAGACUUGUUGUGAUGCGGUGGAAAACGGUAUAUCUGAAUCUUUCAAUGCAGCAAUUGUAGAGGCCCGGAAGAAACCAAUAAUAACAAUGCUGGAAGAAAUCAGAUUGUACGUGAUGGAGAGGAUGUAUAAUCAAAAGACUAAGGGGCAUAAGUGGGACAUGGAAAUCUGCCCCUCUGUUAGAAAGAGGAUUGAGAAGAUGAAAGAAGAACAAAGGUAUUGGGAUGUUAUUCCAAGUGGCGAGGAAGAAUAUGAAGUGAAAUUAGCCCAUGAAGUUUAUGCUGAUCACCUUGAAAGCAAAACUUGUGGUUGUAGAGCCUGGCAACUCAGUGGUAUCCCUUGUGUGCAUGCCAUUGCUGCUAUAUUAUACCUGAAUGGAAAUGCAGAGGACUAUGUAGCCGUAUGGUUUAAAACAAGCAUGUUUGGAAGUUGCUAUAGGUAUCCAGUCAAACCAAUAAAUGGAGCUAACAUGUGGCCUAAUGUUCUAUUUGAUCCCAUAUUACCACCUCGGCGUAGGAGAAUGCCAGGAAGGCCCAAAGUAAACAGAAUGAAAUGUCCUACAGAAAAUGAAGGAAAGCAUAAAAUUAACAAGACAGGGAUGUCCAUCUCAAGAUGUAGUAAUUGUCAUCAAGAAGGACACAACAAGAGGCGAUGUCCAUUGCUCAAACAAGCAAAUAAAGCAACUGUUAGUGAAGGGGAUGUUGAAGAAGGGAUUAGUCAAGAUGGGAUUAGUGAAGAUGGGGUCAAUGAAGAUAGGAUCAAUGAAGAUGGGGUUAGUGAAGUUGGAAUUGGUGAAGAAGAGGCUGUUGAAGAAGGCGGUAUUGAAGACCACCAGGAGGAUGAAAUUGAACAACAAGAGGAUGAGAUUGACCAUCAAGAAAAUCAUCACCAUCAGCAUCAACCUGUUUUUUUUCAGCAUUUUGUUGCGAACAAAAGGCGAUUACCUUCUGAGAGGAUCACGAAACUGAAGUUAAGGAAGAAGGUGGUAACAAAAGAUGGAAGUGGGGAAAGUACUGAAAAUCCAGUUACUAUAAACUAG